GCCUUGGGCUUCGGCCUUGGGCUCGGUCUCGGUUUCGUCUCGGUUUCGUCCGGAUCACAUCGCACCCUGGACUGCCAUGGCCGCUGCAUUCAGCUUCCCGGAAAUCCAUGACUUUCCGCCGUUCUACACCCGCCAGCCCAACCUCGACACCUGGGGCAAGCAACGCCAGCUCUGGUGCGAUCUAGUCCUGCUGUAUUUCCAAUCCUCCAAGCUUGCCGUCCUGGAUAUCACCGAAUUCACAUCGCCCCGGCCCGGAAACGCAAAGGCCGAGCUCUUCCACAACCAGCGUUUGAAGCGGUCGCUGAAGCGCGAAACCAUCAUCGAGAUCAUCGAUCAUCUCGUCGAAUCUGGCAACGCCGAGUGGGACAACCCGAAGAAGAAGGAGCGCUGCAUCGUCUUUUGGAGGAAACCCGAGGAAUGGGCCUCCUUGAUAUACAAAUGGGCAUUUGAAACCGGCCAAACCAACUCGGUAUGCACCCUCUACGAAAUCCUCCAUGGCGACCAUGCAGCAGGACAAGAGUUCUUUGGCCUCGACGAGCUCAUCAUGAGGCGGUCGCUGGAGGUCCUGGUCAAGCAGGGCAAAGCCCAGCUCUUCACGGGCUCCAGCGACUCGGAUCUUGGAGUCAAGUUCUUCUAGCCGCUGCACUCUCGCUCGAUCCCAGAUGAUCCAGCUGAUCCCAGGUGGUCCCAGAUGACUUCACUGGAUCCUAGUCGAUCU